GGGACGAGAAAGAUGUGCGAAUAACAGCCGAGUCUCAGCGGAGAACGCUUUCGUCGCGCCGAGUCCCCUGUUAUCGGUUAUCCGUCGUUGUUGGACGCUCGUCAUGUCGGCCGGGGACGUCGGUGUGCUCCGCCAAGAGCCGGGCAAAGACGGGGCGAGAAUACCGGCCUGGAAACGGGAGCUGCUCGAGCGGAGGAAAGCGAAGGGCGGCGGGUCUGGGCCAGGUGUCGACUCUCGGGUUAAUGGCGAGCUAACGGGAAGUAGCAAGGAUGAGGCUACCGGAGCUCAUUCGAACCGGACGUACACCGUGACGCCCGCGGGGAAGCGGAGCGGAGCCACGGCGGCAUCCCCGGACAUGUCACCGGUGAAGACAAAAGACCCUUGGUCGGCCAACGAGCGAGCGACAUCCGCGGAGAAAACAAUGACGGACAACGGCGUGCUUCAGGAGAGCCUGGGUCCCCUAAAAGAGAACCCGUUUAUUAAACUCGAGACGGAGCGCAAGAAGCGGCUGGAGCGCGAGAGCACCACCUCGCGCGCCCCGCUGCAGCAUAUUUUGGAAAUGUACGGCUCCGUGCCGGGGAUCCGCACCAUCCGCGCUGAGAACAUCAUCAUCAUCGAGUCCGACCCCGACGCCUUUCCCGCAUCCGGAGCGCAGCAGAACGGCACCGUGAGCGCGUACAGCUCCCUCAGUGACCUGCUGGACCGCAGAGGCAGCCCGGUUACUGAGAUCCGCGCGAAGGAAGUCGUGAUCUACGACACCGCGCUGAGUAAAAGCGAGGAGAACCUGAGCACGCUGGGUCGGUCCAGUUCCGAGCUCUCCGACCUCGCGCAGGCGCAGGGCACGGUGAGCCGCAUGCUGCAGAAAUUCGACAGGCAGUACGGCAAGUUGCAGGUGAAGUCUCGCAGCUCGGAAAACCUCCUGGAUCUGGACACGAGUCCUGUCCUGUCAGGUCCCCGAGUCAGAUUCCAUCAUUCAGAUGUGGUGCCAAAAUGUGCGCCGUGCCCACAGCCUGGCUCUCCUGUUCGCACCCCGGCACACAACAGCCAGCCAGUCUUCCGUAGUAGCCAGUCUUCCGAAAAGAAAUCCCACGAAUCUCCAAACGGAUCUGGAAGUAGCAGUCCAGUUCCGGGAUCGCCUCAGUCUGUGUCUUCCUUCCGGCGCCGCUUCGAGGCUGUAGGGGGGCGCAGUGUCGCUGUCGCUCCUAAAGAGGAGACAGAGAGGAGUCAGUCCAAACCUGUCAGGGAGAGGGAGUGGGACAGCACUGAUGGGGUGUCCAAAGCCAAGGUGCCAUGCUCGCCACAGAGCCACCGUACCCGUGCCGAGUCCUCGGCGAGACCCACGUUGCCCAUAAUUUCACCCAGAUACGAGAUCCGGCCUUCACCGCGCCCAGAUCUGUCAGCGCUGCCCGCCAGCGACGUCCAGGCUCGUGCCCUCGCCAACUUGCGCCUCCAGUCCCGCAAUUCCUUCACCGUUAUCCCCAAGCGGCACGGGGUCCCAUCGGCGCCCGGCAGCACCGCGCCCUCCAGCCCCGUUCUGUCACCUGCUUGCCCACAUGUGGAGACUUCAGUGCCAACGCCCGCCCUACCCAUUCCAGCUUCUCCAUCUCCAGAAAAAAUUGUCGUGACCAUUGUGCCACCCGUGCCAGACGAAACAGAAGCGACGCGCCCCGAAAGACGCACCUCCCCCACAUCAUCCUCUGACCUCUCAACCCCUUCGCCUGAUCCACUCACAAAGUCAGCGUCAGCCUCUAUUCACGAGCCGGCCCUCGAUAAGCUCCCUGUUACUAAUAUCGAUGACAUAGUGGCGGAGUCCUCGCCGCCCUUCCCCAGCCCUAUGGUGCAGAGGAGGAAAGGAAACACAUUUACAGUUGUCCCAAAGCGCAGGACUGAUUCUCAGCCUAGCACUCCUGUUGUCCAGGAGCCUGUGCAGGAGCCUGCCGCAGUCCCACAGGGGUCGCCGUCCUCUUCGGAGGUUCCUUAUCCCCAAAUUGGCACACAGCUGAAAAAACGUUACCCGGCAGCGGAGGAAAUCGAGGUGAUCGGUGGAUACUUGUCCCUGGGACGAUCCUGUUUGACCAAGACUGGGUCCACAGGGAGGAAGCUCAAGAUCUCUUUUAACGAGUCGAGCCUGCAGAGCACCUUCGAGUACCCAUCAGAGAGCAGCGUCUGGGACAGCGGAGAGGAGGAAGAAGGAGGAGGAGGAGGAGGAGAAGGUGGAGAGGAAGAAGGAGGAGGUGUCAGCGUGGAAAGGAUCCGCAUCCCCCGGCCGAGUUACACCUCCAGCCCGACCGGUCACAGCCCUAAUAGCACUGAUCUAUCCAGCUACACUCCAAAGCACUCUGUGGACUUCACUGCCUGGCAGGAGCAGAAGCUCAGUGACUCUACAGACCCGGGCGAUGCAAAUUCCCAGCCUGCUGACAUGUCGGACGAGGUGAUGCUGACACCAGCGGACAGCUCGUCUCUCUCCGAUUUCAGCAGCGAACCAGCUCUAUAUUUCUAAAAUUCCUCAAAACCCUGGAGCACACAGGACCAACCACCAGCCUGGACAACCAUACACAACCACACACACACAUAUAAUAUACACAUAUCUAGUCAGAUAGAGACAAGAAGAAUAAGUAGCAUUCAUCCAAACGAGCGGUCUUUCCAUUCCAUCUCUGCUGAGGUGUUCCCGGCCAGCCUGCACGGUUGAUGUGCUUUUGCUCUCGUCUUCUUGUCUCCAUGUGGUUUAUGUACUCAGAGGGACCCGAAGAAGAAAAAAAACUACAAAAAAAAAAACAUUCUAAAGGCUCAAAUAAUCUCUCGCCUUCGGUAUCUGUGCAUCACGCUGUUCACCUCAUGAAAGUGACCAAAUUUCAUAAACACAGGGAGGAAGAAGCUUGGACUCGGCUGAUGUAAAUAAUAAGACUUUAACAAGCAUAAGGAGGAAAAAAGGAAAUAAAGAGACAGUACAUAUACUGUAUAGGAGUACAUAGCAUAACAAAUGAAAGGGUGCCACAACUCUUGUUCUUUUUUCUUUUUUUCUUGUUCUUGUUCCACCGCUUCUACUGUUCUCUAUAGGUCUCAUGUUUCCCUGAUGUCUUUGUGUUUUUGCAACUCGUCCGAUAUGAAACUCCUGUUCAAUGACCUUGCACAUCUAGUUUGCUCAUUUGAUUCGGAUCUGUUAUUCGAGUUAUGCUUUAAUCUGAACACGCAGGGUUGAGACGCAGAACAAAACCCCGUACGCUAAAGUACGUACAUGGGUUUGGUCGGUAUUGUUGUCCUGAAAAAACUAAAACGCUGACACAUAGACAGAGAUGAGGGGUGUGGCGGUGUUGCUGCAGGCUUAGAGUUGGAUUAAAGUGGAACGCUUUUGAUGUAAAGUUCUUCAGAAGUUCAACUGAUGGAUUGUCUGAGCAGUAUAUCUAAGGCAUUGGAUGAUGGAUCAGUAGGUCAUGAGUUCAAAUCUCCAAGAUUUAAACCAAGCAAGAACUGUAGGCGUAGUAAAUUCGUCCCCUUUUAAGCAAACUUGACUCAGUUAAAUAGAAAUCUGAUUUAUUUAAAUGGAGAGUCGACCCGGUAGCCACUCGAACCCGUCACUAGUGAACAAAGUGCUGUAUGAGACAGGAGUAUGAGGCGGAGCUCCUGCCGGGUUUUGCUCCCACCCACCUGUCCAGUCUAGCCAAUCGAUUAGAAUGAGGGCCGAGACGUUUUCCAAGCAACAUUUAACCGACGUGUUUAGAUGAAAGCAUAACUCUAAGACUUUACUGAAAUGAAAAAUUAUGUUUCUGCUGGUUUCAAUGAACACAAUGCAACACUUUCAAUAUGCAGCUAUUAUUGCAUAAACUACCAGCUCUGAUAUAUUUAUAACACUGUCUUGAAUGAGAUGUAACACUGUGUCAGUGAUGUAACAGCAUGUCGAACACUACAGUAUUGUUCACAGAUGCCAACAGACGUUUUUUCUGGUGUUAGACCUGCAGAUUAGGAUGUUACGAGGGGCGUUCAAGUCAAAGCCAAUGAAAACUUCAAGCACAGUACAGUGAUGGGCCGCAGUAAAACAUUUGAACGGUGCAGACGUUUUAAAGGCGGCCGUGAAUAGCGAUCCCGGCCGAGGUGGCUCGGAGCCCAUCGCGGUCGAUCCAGUGAACAUUCGGUGAGUGGAACGGCUGAUUGUGAGAGUCAACGGAUAACUUGUCUCCAGCUCGCAGAAGAGACGCACCUGUCUGUGGAAACUGUACAACCAUUCACCAACACCACUUGCACAUUACAGGAAGUUAUUGCCACAUCCCCUGUA